ACUAUACCUGCGAAUCCUGCUUUAUCCGACAAUAAGAGCGAUACUAGCUUAGGCCUACCCGAGAUCUUUUCGAAUAACGUAUCCGACUCGGAUUCCUCUACUACACCUAGCGACCUAGAUAGUAGCGAGUCCGAGUCCGACGAUAAAUCUAACGAUAGGAGAUAUAGUGUAACUAGCGAUAGGGUACUCGCGAUAGUUAUAAUAGAGAAGAAACUUUCCCUUAAAAAACGCCUAAAGGCGAGUAUAUUUAUUAAGGAUAUAGCUAAAUUUGCCCGACUAGGCUACAGAAUAAAAAGAGGUAGUAAGAUUACUAGCUUUAUAGAAGUCGCGAAGCUAUAUUACCUCCGAUACGGCGUACUUAAGGAUUCAAGCUAUAUUAACGAUAUUCCCCGCGUGCGUGCCCUAGAAGACACGAAAUAG